AUGACACAUGUUCGUGCAAUACGUCGUUUACCUACGGUUGAGCAAGAAAUAAAAAUUAUCGAUAAUCCAUUAGAUGAAGAGAAGGUAAAACUCAUUCAAACAAAAAAUGAAAAACAAGAGAUACAAAAACAAGAGACAUCAAACGACAAAGAUGAUUAUCAAGCUCCAUUGACUUCAUCAAAAUUAAACCCAAAUUCAAAAUGGUUAGUUGUUAGGCACAAUAUACAUCGUAUCCGUCGUAUAGGAGCACCUGUCGAUGAUAAAUUACCAGAUAUAUACCACGGAUUCCAAAUGAAACGGGAAUUAACACGUGCACAAGAAGCUAUUAAAAAUAUCGAUAGCGAUAAGAAUUUUGAACCUGUUAAACGAUUUGAUUUACCAGUUGAUCAAGAUAAAAUAAAAACGUACGAUACAUCACACGUAACAGAACAAGAUGCAUUAGUCUAUGAUAAACUGGGUGGUGAACCGUUAUCAUUACAAAAUCUAUUAUAUUAUUUUAGUAAACAAGAUAUACAAUAUGGUACAAUUUAUUGGGAAUUUUUAAAUGAAGUUAAUCGAGUACUAAAUAUGAAUAGAAAACGUUCGGCUCGUGUUGCUAGAUUGAGAAAACUUGCAUUGACGUUAGCUGUUAUUCUUUACUCGAUUAUUGGCAUAAUGUUUUUAGCUUUACUUUUUAGUUUUAUUAGUACGGCAACAAAGUUCAACGAUCCUGAAGUCAGAAUUGGUACAUCAUGA